AUGCAAAAGCAGUAUUUUUCAGAUCUUCCAAAGCAUGUUAAAAGUUUUUCACCAAUAUCAGAACCUGAUCGUGAACUAAUUGACUUAGCUUUCAAUAAAAAGAAGGCGGACGAACGUAAGUCUUGGCUUGGCGACUUUGUUCCUGGCACCUACUUGGAUCAAUCGGCUUCUAACAUUUCAAUUUCUGAUUUUAUCAACAAAGAGUUGAUUUUAUUUAGUGUGGCUGAUAACACCAGGUCUAUUCCGUCCAUUAUGGAUGGAUUGAAACCUGGCCAGAGAAAGGUAUUGUUUAGCUGCUUUAAGAGAAAUUUAAAAUCAGAAAUAAAAGUUGCCCAAUUGGUGGGUUAUGUCAGCGAGCAAUCUGCGUACCACCAUGGCGAGCAAUCACUUUGCGCCACUAUUGUUAACAUGGCGCAGGAUUUCGUUGGGUCUAACAAUAUUAAUUUACUAUUACCAAUAGGAUCGUUUGGUUCUCGUUUACAGGGUGGCAAGGAUGCUGCUAGUUCGAGAUACAUAUAUACCAAUCUUAAUCCACUAACUAGGCUAAUCUUUAGUGAGCAUGACGACCCUAUUCUCAACUAUUUAGAUGAGGAUAAUGUAAGAAUUGAGCCCGAAUACUAUGUUCCGAUUAUUCCAAUGGUACUUGUCAACGGUGCAGAUGGAAUAGGCACCGGAUGGUCCACUAGUAUUCCAAACUUCAAUCCACUAGAUGUCCUUAAGAAUAUCAGAAAGCUAAUGCAAAAUGAAAAGAUGGAUGAAAUGGCUCCAUAUUACAAAAACUUUCGAGGAGAAAUUCUGAGACAAUCCGAAGGUAAGUUUGUAGUGAACGGUAUUGUUGAACAACUUGAUGAGUAUAACUCUGAGAUUUUAGAACUUCCCGUAGGAACAUGGACACAGACAUACAAAGAAUACUUGGAAAAUCUAUUACAAAAUGGAGUGAUUAGAGAUUACAAAGAAUAUCACACCGAGAAAAAAGUUAAUUUUCUUGUGACCUCAUUUAAAAAGUUUCCGUUAAAAAUUUCAACAACUUUAACAACAUCAAAUAUGGUGUGCUUUGAUUCAGAAGGCAAAAUCAAGAAGUACGAGACACCUUUGGAAAUAAUCAAGGAAUUUUACUAUACUCGACUGAGAUUUUAUACUACACGUAAAGAAUAUCGAUUGAAAGCAAUUAAGGAGGAGUUAAAUAAACUUGAGAAUAAGGCAAGAUUUAUCAGAGAAGUUAUUAAUGGAAGACUUGUAAUCAACAAUCGCCCAACGGAUAGUAUUGUUAGGGAUUUGGAGUCAAUGAAGUUUGAUAGGUUUGAUAACUUUGAGUAUUUACUCGGAAUGAAGAUUUCAUCUUUGACUAAAGAAAAAGUUGAGAAGUUAAAUAAGGAAUGUGAAGAGAAAAGGACCGAGUAUGAGACGCUUUCUAGGAAGUCUGCAUAUGAUCUAUGGUCUGAAGACCUUGAUAAAUUUGAGGCUGCCUACAUUAAAGUAUUUGAAGAGGAUAGAGCUGAGUACGAUGCUGAAGUUUCUAAGAAAUCUAAAAAGCCUCUCAAAAAAAAGUUUUCCACUCAAGAAUUAGCCAAGUAUGGGGUCAUUGCCGAAUCAUCUUCAAUAAAGAAGUUAGAUAAAAAAGAAACGACUUCAGUUCAAAAAAAAGUAAAAUCAAAGACCAAAGCCAAUGACAAGCCUGAUAAAAAGUCAGUUAAAGUGACAAAGAAAAAGGCUAAAAGUAAUGAACAGCCUGUCAAAAAGAUUAAAACAGAAGCAUCUGCUAAAUCGUUUGGAGCAGCUGUAGAAAGUGACUCCUCUGAGUUCUCUAAUCCUGGGAUAAAUACAGGAAUCUUGAUAAUUAAAUACCUAGUGAUUAACUUCCAAAAUAUAAUGUGUUGUUUUGGAGUGUCUGAAGUUCAAAAUACCAGGUUAAUAUUUGAAAUUUUGGCAAGUUGGUGUGUUUUUUUAAAGUUUUGCACACAAGUACCCUAA